GAGGCGCAGGUCUGGGGCCGGCGGCAGCGUAGCCCGUAGCCUCUCCCAGUCCGGGCUCUCAGUCGGCGAACCCGCCUCCAGAAGCUGGGCGGGUGUCAACGCCGAGUCCAUGAUCACUGAGGCGGCUUCCUCGGCCUUGGUCGUCAGGGCCUCAGGCCUGACCGCGGCCUCUGGCUCCUACCAAGUCUUCUGCAAGGGACUCUCCCGCACUCUGCUUGCCUUCUUCGACUUGGCCUGGCAGCUGUGCAUGAACUUCCCAUACUUCUACGUCGCGGGCUCCGUGAUCCUCAACAUCCGCUUGCAGGUACACUUUUAGAGCCCUGAUUAAAUUGCAGGCGUGAUGGCGGACCCACCCGAGGCCUCACAGCUAACUGGAGCUACUCCCAGUUACCCCCGGGAAGCCCUGUGGUCUCGCGAUAUUCCCAGGCGGCUUUGCUCUCCUGAUGGUCGCGGAUUGCUUGCUGGGAGGAGAAAGGAGUUAUGCGAUUCCGGAAGAAGAGAAUUUAAAUUAAGACCCACGGAAAUAUUUAAGAAGACGAGCAACCUUAAAAUAGAAACAGGAGAAAUUUAAGGAUGUGACAAAGGGCAGAGGAUGCAUUAUAAAAACGGAAGGCUGCUAAACUUUUUAGAAAAAAAUUUUUUAUGUGUGCAAGAAACUCAUGGUCCAAACCAUAAGGAAACCAGUACACUUCAGGAAUUUUGGAUUGUUUUGUAAGUAAUACAGUGAAUGAGGAAGAAGAGGAAGAGAUUAAGGGUACGAUGUGGUAGCAUUACAUUUCUUCAUCCCACAAGAGUAAAUAUCAACAAUCAAACUUCAGGUGAAAAACAAACCUGUACCGGAGAGGCAUUCUCCAAAUACCAAGCAAAGUAAAAUGCUGCGGGAUAUCUAACAAUGGUGGUACUGCAAGAAAGUGAACUCUAUUUCAUUGUCCCUAUGAAUAAGGUUGUUUCAAGGACUAUGUCAAGACCUUGGAACCUGAGAGAAGGGCAUGCAGUCAUAGUACAAAGUUUGGCUGUUCAGUGAAUCAUAUUUAAUCAUAAUAAUGUAAGUGCUGUUUAUGUUUUUAUCUUUUAAGGGACUACUUAAUUAUGGUUACAAAGUAGAAUGCAAAUGUUAUCAGCUUGAUAAUGUAAAAGGUUAGGGUUUGCAAGUGGAGAUAUUAAUGGGGGAGGAGAAAGUAAAUGGAAUGAUAGUGGCCUCCUUAUGAAGUGGGAAGUUAAGAGGUACUGUUUGUUGUUGAAGGAAGACAUGUUAUAUUACUUAAACGGUAGCCACAAAGUCUAAAGUGGUAUAUAGCUUUAUUAAAGAGAGAGGAGGGUAGGAAAAAAUAGCAUGAAAUCAACUGGAAAUGCCUAAAGAUGGAGAGUUCAGUUGGGAUGUCUCAAAAAGAAAAAUUGUUAAUAGUACUUCAUGCAUUUGAAUGUACAAAUAGAUUUUUAGUUUU